GCCGGCCGUUGGACGCCGCAUACGUCUAUGUGAGGCGGGCGGGUUCGCCGUCUUCAGGAUUCACAUAAUUAACAUUGGUACCUCCGCCCUCCCACCUAACGCUGUGGCUUGAGGCCCUGGGAUCCCUAGGCCGAGCACCGUCGCCCGCACGAUGCCUUUCGGGAUUAUUGACGCCAAACAUGAUGGGUCCCUCCCGGGGACGGAGCUCCUCAUCGGCGAAGAGCGCGGGGACAUGGUGCCUGAAGACGAGGCACGCCGGCUCAAGCGCGUCGUUAUCAACGGCGAAGAAAUCAUCCUCGUCCCGCAACCCAACGACGCAGAUCCAAAUGACCCAGUCCUCUGGCCGCGCUGGAAGAAAGAAGCGGCCUUCUGGGUCAUCUUCUUCAACACCGUCAUAUUCGCCAUCGUGCCGGGGCCCAUGCUCGCGCCGCAGACAUUCUCGCUGUCCAAGACGUUCGGCACGUCGCUGACGGCCAUCGCCGAGCUCUCGGGCUACCAGCUCCUCGUCGUGGGCGCCAUCGGCCCUCUGGUGUCGGUGCUGGCGCAAAAGUACGGCAAGCGCCCGCAGUUCCUCUUCGCCGCCGUCAUGGGCUGCGUGGGCACCGCCAUCUGCAUCGCGGGCGCCCGCGAGCUCGACUACCACCUGCUGCUCGGCGGGCGCAUGGUGCAGGGGCUCGGCAUGACGGCGUGGGAGUCGCUCAGCGUCGCCGCCAUCGGCGACCUCUUCUACCUGCACGAGCGCGGCUGGCGCACCGCCCUGCUCGUCGCCGCCCUGACGUGCUCGAGCUCCAUGGUCGCCGUCGUCAGCGGCGUCAUGAGCCAGAGCGUCGGCUGGCAGAACCUCUUCGUCGCCUCGCUGCCCAUCGACCUGGUGUGCCUGGCCACCACCAUCUUCCUGGUCCCCGAGUCGCAGUACCGCCGGCCCGCCACGCUGCCCGAUCGCCGCAGCGGCGGCGGCGGCGGCGACGAGGCGGCCAUUGUGGCGCCGGAGAAGGGCGGUGCAACGAGUAGCAGCAACCACGAGAACGGCGGUGAUGGGGGGCCCGACAGCAGCAACGGCGGCGGCCUCGCCGCCGUGGCGCACGUGGUACCGCCGAAGACGUUCGCGCAGAGCAUCGCCGCCUUUUCGGGCAGCUAUACGGACAAGGGCAUCGGGCACCUCCUGGUAGAGAUCUUCGUGCAUCUGGUGAACCCGGCCGUGGUGUGGAUCCUGCUUGUGUCGGGCGUGCUCAUCUCCUUCUACGUGGCGGCGGCCUACAUGACGGCGCAGAUCUGGUCGCCGCCGCCGUACCUGCUCAACGUCGCGCAAAACGGCUACUUCUAUACGGGCGCAUUCAUCGGCGGCGUGCUGGCCGUCAGCGCCGGGCCCGUUUGCGACUGGUCCGCGCGCGUGCUGGCCCGCCUAAACCGCGGCGUUUUCGAGGCCGAGUUCCGCAUCCCCAUCAACGUGCUCUCGGCUCUUUGCUGCUGCCUGGGAUGGUUCUUGUGGAUGUGGGUCAUGGAGCACCCGCGGAAGGAAGGUGUCUUCAUCGCCGCCUUUUGCUACGGCCUUGUUGGUUUUGGCAUCGCCGUGUCGUCGACGUCAGCAGGGCUUUAUAUCCUUGAUUCGUUUCCCAACCAGUCCACCGAGGUCUUCGUGCUGCAGAUGAUGGUAAAGAAUUUCAUGUUUUACGCCUUCUCGACGUUUGUCAACACUUGGUCCAGCCAAAAGGGGUCGGCGACCGUCUUCAGGACGUUUGGAAUUGUCACCUUGUGUUUACUGUCUACAUGCAUCCCGAUGUACAUCUUUGGGAAACUGAAUCGGCGGUUCGUAUAUCGCAUUUACCAAACCAGCAAGAUUUUCCGGUCGAUGGGAUAAACAGCGGGAAUAAGGGAUGAGACGGCGGCAAUGC